UGCAGCAAAUAAAUAGACUACACACGCGGUGCCUCGCGAAUUAGGCUUAGAAAGAAAUACUAUUUUCAUGUUCCAGAUGGCUUUUGGAGAUUCACAGGAAAGUGGAGAGGUAGUAGAAAAAGAGGAUAAAUCCGAUAUGUCGUGGAUGAAACCUUUGGCUCUAUUUUCUGAAAAGAAACUUGUAAAUUUAUGUGCACCGAUGGUUCGGUAUUCAAAAUUGCCAUUUAGGACAUUAGUCAGAAAGUACCAGUGUGACAUAGCAUACACACCUAUGAUAGUGUCCAACUGCUUUGUAUGCUCACAGAAAGCCAGAGAUAGUGAUUUUGCCACAUGCAAGGGUGACAGACCUUUGAUAACUCAGUUUGCUGCUAGUAAUGCCACAGACUUGGCAGAUGCUGCAGAAAUAGUGGCAAAUUACUCUGAUGGAGUGGAUUUAAAUUGCGGUUGUCCUCAACGCUGGGCUAUACAGGAGGGCUAUGGGGCAUGUUUAAUUAAGAAGCCAGAGUUAGUCAAAGACAUGGUGACACAGGUCAGGAACAGAGUCUCCGUAGACGAGAACUUCACAGUGUCUAUCAAGAUCAGAAUUCACAAAGACUUGAGAGAAACAGUAGAUCUUUGUCAGAAAGCAGAGAAGGCUGGUGUUUCUUGGAUUGCUGUCCAUGGUCGCACAGUGGACCAGAGGUGUGAACCGGUCAAUGUGGAAGCCUUGCGACUAGUGAAAGACUCUUUAACUGUGCCUGUGAUUGCUAAUGGUGACAUAAGGAGUGUGGAAGAUGCAAAGAGAAUACAAGAGGUGACUGGUGUUGAUGGUGUAAUGGCAGCCAGAGGUAUAUUACAGAAUCCAGCAAUGUAUGCAGGAUAUGAUGCCACACCAGUACAAUGUGUCAGAGAUUGGUUGGAUAUAGCAUUAUCGCAAGGUUUAUCCUUCACAACCUUUCACCAUCAUCUGAUGUACAUGCUGGAGAAAGUCAUGUCAAGGUCAGAAAGACGAUUGUUCAAUUCCUUGUCCAGCAUAACUGCAGUCCUGGAUUAUCUAAGGGAAUAUUAUGGGAUAGGAUGAUACUUAAAUGCUGGUGCAACAUAGGUCUUAGGAUAUAAUUAAGCAAUGUGAAGGUGGUAAAAAAACAGUGCCGAAACAUGGCUAAACUGCUGACGUUGGAGUAUUGGAGAUUCCUUUACUUGGCAGAAUAUAUGAUGGGCAUUCUUGGAUUGGAUGAAGUUUUUGGCACAUACAUUGGACCAAGGAAUGAACAGUAUUUGAUAAUACUGAGUUUAAUGAUCAGAAAAACCUACAACUGAUGUAAAUUGAGUAGUUGGGAAAAAGUGCAGUUUAGUUACAGUAACAGGUACACCAUAAGAGUUUCUUAAAGUCAGUAUGACAAAUUUAAAAAAAAAUUAAGUAAGGUGUGAUGUGUCCUUGCAUCACGGCUGUUACUACCAGUGGUAACGGAAGUCUUCUGGAUUUAUCCAUUAAGUCUGACUAUUUGGGAUUUGUGUUUAUGCCCCCUUUGGCGUUUGUAUUUUGUUUUCAGGAUUUUCUUAAAAGGUCCAUUUUCAUCCCUGAGUUGAGCUGGACAAUUGUGGGGAAAAUUAGGGUGGUGGUAUGGAGGGUGGCUCUGUUUAGGUGACUCUCUUACAACAUAGCCAAGCUAUUAAUUUACUGUAUUUAAUAAAAAGGACCUGGCUCAGUUGCACAUAACCUACUACUCUGCUCCUGUUAUCCUGUCUGAAGAGAGUGGCAAAGUGAUAUUCACAGGAUAAAGUAAUGGAGGUGAAAAGACUUGAAUUCAGUAAGCUUUGAAAAAAGAUGGAUUUUAAGCUAAAUUUAUGUGUACUCUGAUUUGUAAUGUUAUUCCAAGGCACUGGACAUUGACAAAAAAAUCUAAGUUAUCUUUUGAUGAACAGAUGUAUGAGAAAGAGGGGGAUGAAGCAUAGCCACAAGUUGGGGCACAAGGAAAAAAGACGUUUCAGUUUUUCAUUGAAAUAUUAAAAACAGAAAUUAUUGUGACUUUUAUUUCAUUUUUGUAGGAUAUGCAUGACCAUUUCUUGUUACUUUAAUAGUGUCUCCAACAUAAAACUAUUUGUGUCAGUCUGCAAAAUUAUAAAAUGGUUUGUCAAUAAUAAUGAUAUCAUUUAUAAAGAUGAGACAUUGUAUUUCUUUCGAUUUUUAAAGUUUAAUUUAUAUUCCAUACUUAUGCAUUUUUACAAUAAACUUUCAGCUGACAUUUUUAAAA